ACGUGUACGUAUAUAUAUAUUUUUAUUGAAAGUACUUUUCUUGUGAGAAAAAAUAAAAAUAAAAUAAAAUAAAAAUUGUUAUGGAAUAAUAUUUUAAUGAAUAAAUUUUUUUAUUUUUUUAUUUUAUUUGUUUUGAUAAGUUGUAAUGUACAAAACCGCAGCAAGCUCCACCCCUCUUUUCAAGUGCCCAUAAAUAAAGACCAUUGGGGGACUUGGGGAAGUGUGUGCUCACAAUAUUUUUCUAAAGAGGGCCUUGUUGGUUGGGCAUUCCUUGAGAGAAACUCUUCUAACCUCAUAGUGUCAACAUGGGCUGUGAAGAUGAGCUUUUGGUAGAGAGAGUAUGCGAGAUGUAUGAGAAGAUCUCGAGGCUCGACAGUCUAAAACCAUCCAAAGAUGUCAACAUGCUCUUCACCCAACUUGUCCUCAUGUGCAUGCCACCAUCCCCAAUUGAUGUCCCCAAGCUCCACAAGAGAGUGCAGGAAACCAGGUCCAAGCUCAUCAGGCUCUGCGGAGAAGCCGAAGGACUUCUGGAGAGCCAUUUCUCAACCAUCUUAGGUUCAUAUGACAACCCACUUGACCAUCUCACUAUCUUCCCAUACUAUUCCAACUACAUCAAGCUCAGUCAGCUCGAGUUCACCAUCCUUAGUCAGCACUGCACUCAUGUCCCUAGCCGCGUCGCCUUUGUGGGCUCAGGCCCCCUUCCUUUCACAUCAAUUGUGUUGGCCUCCUUCCACCUCACCUCCACCUCUUUCCACAACUAUGACAUCGACCCUUCAGCCAAUUCAAUGGCGUCUCGCUUGGUUUCGUCUGAUCCAGACUUGUCGAAACGAAUGUUCUUCCACACCAAUGAUAUCAUGAAUGUGACGAGUGAGUUGAAAGACUACGAUGUUGUGUUCUUGGCUGCACUAGUUGGUAUGGACAAGGCUGAAAAGAUCCGAGUCAUCGAUCAUUUGGCUAACUAUAUGGAUCCGGGAGCACUUUUGAUGCUCAGGAGUGCUCAUGGCGCUCGGGCUUUUCUCUAUCCGGUAAUCGAUCCUUGUGAUCUUCAAGGGUUUGAGGUUCUCUCUGUGUUUCAUCCCGUGGAUGAGGUUAUCAAUUCCGUUGUCAUUGCACGUAAGUUUCCAAUGCCUAUGCACUCAUUUGAUCAGGGGCUUGGCUCUAUUAAUAUACUGCCAACCAAAUGCUCCGAGAUCCAAACAUUCAAUCCCCUCAAGCAACUGAACAUGAUUGAGGAAUUAACCAUUGAGGAGCAUCUCUCAUAAUUAAACCCUCCUUUCCUUUCCUUUCCUCCACUUCCCUCCCACCACCCCAAUCCUUCUUUUUACUUGAAUUUCAAGAAAUAAGAUUAACUCCUCCCCCAUGUUUCAAUUUUUUUUUUUUUUACCCUCUAGUUAAAGUAUGUAUUACUUCAUGUAUAUGGAUAUAUGGAGUGUGCACAUGUUUAUAUAUGUGCUCCUUCAGUUUUCUUCAUAUCAUGAUAAAAAUUAUAUAAUGAAUUUAAUGUUACAAGCAGGAAGUUAAGAGGACCAACGUUCAAUGUUCAAUGUUCAAUGUUCAAACUAUGCAAUUCAUUGCAGUUGCUAGCUGAUAUCAUGCCUCUUUAUCUUCUUCCUCUUUUUUCUGUUGUGUUUUUGUUCUUUUUGCAAUAUGGGAUAAAACUUGCCCACUUGCAGUGGGAAAAGAUUAGAAGAAGAAGCAGAGAAGAAAGACAAAAAACAAAAAUAGUCACAUUGAGACGACUGGUUUUUUUGGUU